CGGCAACGCGCACACAUUUCGCCCGAGCAGGCCAGCCAGCCGCCGGCAGCGAGCGAGAGCGCGCGCUAGCGACGACGAAAGAGCGCGGAGGGGCUGCCUGCCUGCCUGGCCUCGCCGGCGCUGCUGCCAGCAAGCCGCCGGCGAAACGCCGACACCGAGGAACCCCCGCCAAACAUGGCCGCCGAACGUGCUCGCUGCCCGGGAAGGAGACCGCCGUGAGACGGCAGCCGACGACGACGACCACGCGUCAUGUACGAGACGGCGCGACGUCGGGUCGAACUGGACUUCGGCGGCACGUGGCGCCGUCGCCCCAACGAGCUGAGCGGUGGCGGCUCCGAGGACGAGCACGGCGGGGGCGCCCGUAGCCCCGCAGCGGGCGCCGUGCGGGGCGCCGCGGGCACGCCGCCUGCACCCCAGCAGUCGCCGCUGCGGCCGACGCCCUCGCCGGGGCGCCUGGCCCCGGAGGGGGGACCCCAGCCACCGGGGGCGAGGUCCAUGUCGCCCGCCAUCGGUUCACAGUCAAACAUUCCUGUGCCUCCUCGACCCUCAUCAAGUCAGUCUGAGAGCAGUGCGCCAAAUCAUCUUUCUCAACCACAGCUGCCUCAGCAAGGGUACAACCAACAAAUGCAGGCAUCAAUGUAUGCAACCAAGAUGCAUCAAGGAAUCAUGUCGUCAUCCUAUCCUGGUCCCCACUAUCCCCAAAGCAACUACCCUAGGCAGCAAGGUGGCCUGGGUGCCAUGCCUGGCUAUGGUCCCCCUCAGGGUCCCGCCGGCUACCCGGCCGGGCGGAUGGGCACGCAGGGUGGCUACCCGUAUGGCAACUCGCAGUACGGUGGCUACGGAGGUGCCAACAGCCUGAUGCCUCCCCCACCGGGUCCGCAAUACCCAAAGGCGGCGGGUGCAGCCUCCACGAUGGGGGCGGUGCCCUCGCAGGCUCCUGGCGGACCUACGCGUCCCAUGUACCUGCGUCAACACCUUCAGCAGAAGAUGUACGGCUACAGCAGCCCCAUGACUCCACCAGGCGGGGACGGGGCUUCGCCAUCUCCGUCGGAAGGCGGUCCCCCUCCCCCUGGCGGGGGUCCCAUGCCACCCGGCGCCUGCUACUCGCAGUGUCCACCAGCACCUAUGAGUGGGCCCUCCUCGCUGUUGUCGCAGCAGGGAGGUGUUGGAGGUAGCCCUCCCGUAACGGGUCCCGGCCAGGAUGGGGGACGAUCCCAACUUGCACCCCCACCCACAGUGUUGGACGAGGGGAGCCAGGCAUCCAAUGCGUCCGCCUCGUCCUCGCUGCCCGAGGAGCACCUUGGGCCGGCCGACAAGGGGAGCAGCAGCAAGCAGCCGCCCAUGUCGCACCCGCCCACGCCCAACACCCUACCCUCUCCCGGGGGUGCCUCCAUGUCCUCCUUCCACGACGAAUUCGAGAGCGUCUCGAGCCCCAGUUGGCCACGGACGCCAGCGAGCCCAGUGAGUGGCCGUCCCAGAUCCCAGGUUGUGAAUAGCCAAGUAUACGAACAUCAUAUUAUUAAGCGGCCAGACGGCCUCCUGAAACUGUACGACAUGUCGGAAGACCCUGAGCGGAGGGCCUUCCUGGACAAGCUGAUAGUGUACAACGACGAGCGUGGUACUCCCAUCACCCAGUGCCCAACCAUCAGCAAACAGCCCCUGGACUUGUUUCGCCUCUACCUCAUCGUCAAGGAUCGAGGUGGCUUCGUGGAAGUAACGAAGGCAAAGCAUUGGAAGGAUGUGGCUGGUGUGCUGGGCAUCGGGGCCUCCUCUAGUGCUGCGUACACCCUGCGUAAGCAGUACAUCAAGCAUCUGCUGCCGUUCGAGUGCAAGUUUGACCGAGGGGGCAUCGACCCUCAGCCCAUUAUCAGCCAGCUGGAGUCUGCCUCCCGAAAGAAGACCAAGGGAACCAUGUCGCCUUCGGGUGCGUCUCUUGCCCGCUUUUCUUGUGCCUCCACGGGGGCGCUCCUUGGGCCCCGCGCAUGUGGUAGUGCGAGAAAGGCGGUGUGUGAGAGUGCUGCCCCCAUUUUCGGCAUUGUCGUAGGUGCGAGUCAAGAUUAUGGGCCACCUGCCCAGACGAUGGAGAGCUACCCGACCAGUGGAGGCUACCACCCUGGGGCACCCUACCCCCCGAGUGGUCCCCCCAGCAUGAUGGGGGCUUCCGACUACCCGUGCCCACCGGGCUACCCACCUUCGAACCACGUGGGUGGUGGCUGUGAGCCGGACGGUUAUCCUCCUUCGGAGGAAGGGCCCUACCCAGGGGAGGGGUAUCCCCCUCCGCACGGCUACCCCCAGGCACCUCCCUAUGCGGCGGCCAGCCAGGCCAGUCUGAGUGGGGGCUCCUGUGGCUAUGCGGGGCCUGGUGGUGAUCAGUAUGGGCCUGCUGCCCCCGAGGGCUACCCCCACGAGGGUGGCUACAAUGGCAGAGACCCCUACAGCAGCAGUGGCUACCCCAUGCGGCCGCAGGCAGGGGCACCGCCCUACCCACCCCAAUACCAGGGAAGCCACUACGACAGGGAAAGGUACGAGCAGCAACAGCAAGCACAGCAGCAGCAGCAACAGCCACAGCAGCCGCAGCAGCAACAGCAGGGGGCGUCUGGGGGAGCUCCGCCAUCGUCUCAACCAGGUGCAACGGCAGUGCCUCCGCGAUCCCAGCCACCCCCGGCAUCUCAGAUGGGUGCCGGACCCCCAAGCGCCGCGGAGCCGCUGUACCAGUACGGCUCCUCCGCGGCAGCCACGGGGCCCGUGCCCCCAUCGCAAGCAGCAGCGGCAGCAGGCAGCUACCAGAGCAGGCCCUACCCGCCGGGCCCACAGACCACGCCGGGCCAGGCACCGCCUUACUCCACGCCAUCCCCCCAGGGGGCCGCCCCACCACCACCUCAGGGAAGCACCUCGGAACCCUACCCUCCAACCAGAGGUCCUCCAGAUCAGGCCUAUCAGAUGGCCCGUGGUCCAACCCCUUUACCCCCAAGAUCAAUACCCAAGGCACCUCCUGUACCCCCUCAUCCUACACCUCCACAAAUGUACCCUGGAGCUGGCCAGCAGGUGUACCCGGGGGCCGUCACGCCACCGCAGGGCCAAGGAGGGCAACCUCCGCCUACGGCGAGCAAAGCCGGGCCGUACCCGCAGCAGCCCACCGUUCAGCGGGAAGCUCCUUACCCCAAGCGCCACCCGGACUUCAUGAAGCCCCAGGAACCUUACCCGCCCGUACCACCGCACAUGGGUGCGGGGCCCCCCUAUGUGCCACCCCAGCCGGCACAACCACCGGCCUCGCAACAGUACCCAGACCGCAGCCAGUACCCUUACCGGCCGCCUCACAUGAUGACGCCACCCCCUUCUUCUAUGCCGCAGCAAGGCUGGGGACGUGGAGGAGCUGAGAGCCAAUACCGCGGUUACCCAAGUAACGCCUACCCCCCCCACUCGGGGGCCCCCCCUGAGCGAUGGGAGGGGCCCCGAAUCGGUGAUGGAGCACCCCCUACGGGGGCAUGGGGAAUGUCAAGGGGAGCACCGCCAGCACAGGGGGAACCCUACCCACUACAGGGUCCCAUGAUUGGCGCAGGGGGACCCCAGGUGAAUGCCAUGGGGCACCACAAGAUGGCCGCUGCCUACGCUAGGGAUCGGGCGUACCCGCCUGCCGGAAAAAUGCCGCCGGGUGGCCCCUAUGGGCCAGCGCCACCCUCUCGAAAGGAGGUGGUGUUUCCUCCGGACAGCGUGGAGGCGGUGACGCCUGUGGCGACCAAGCGCCGGCGGCUCUAUGCCAAGGACGUCAGCCCCCUGGAGGCGUGGCGCCUCAUGAUGUGCCUCAAGUCGGGCCUGCUAGCCGAGAGCACCUGGGCCCUGGACGUGCUGUCCGUGCUGCUGUACGACGACUCGACUGUGCUCUACUUUGGCUUGUCACACCUGCCGGGCCUGCUAGAGACUCUGAUGGAGCACUUUCGACGAUGCCUUUCUUUAGUCUUCAACACCCCCGACGACCUCGAGCUGGGCUUCGAGUCCAAGGCAGAAAAGGAGGAGGUGCCCGAACCAGGGCGACCUUGGUACCUGCUGGACCAAGAUGCCCCAGCGAAAGAUCCGCUUGAGGGCCUCAUUGUACCGACUCAGAUCGAUAUUUGUGACCGCACGUCUGUGUUGUCGGGCCCCAGUUUUACUUGGCGGACACGGUGUGGCAAGGCUGUGCGUACCCGCCCCGAUGAUGACGGUUCUCUACACGUGGUCGACGGGGAGAAACGGUGGGAUGUGCACGAGGGCUUUACCGCCUCACCGGAGCACUGGCAGCUAGGGGGCGGUGAGAUCACGGCACACAUUCAGACAUGUUUUGAGAGCGACACGAACAAUGUGCGUUUUGUGCGGCUGUUGACUCCGUCGAAGAAGAACGUCGAACGCAAAGUCAGUGCCUCGCCACACAAGGUGGUGACAACAUCGGCAACGCCACCAGUGAGCCAGGAGGAAUCCCGCUCCAAGCUGUCAGACCUGCUUGCCAAGCAGAAGGCGGCCAACUGCAAGCGAGAACCCGUGGUCUUGAUUGAGGACAUCCGAUCCAAAAUAAAACUGGAAGCUGGCAGGGUGGACCACAUCAAGCAGGAAGUAAAGGAGGAACAGAAUUCGAAUGACAGGAAGCGACAGGAGGAAGAAGAGCAGGCUUCCAAAAAAGUGGCUGAGGAAAGUAGAGCAGAGCCAGAAGUUGUCCUGGAGAGUGAGACCAACAAGCAAGAGGAAAAGACGACGGUAACCUCAACACCCAACACUGAGAGUGAGAAGGAAGAGGAGGUGGUGCCUAGUAAAGAGGGUGAUGAUAGUGUGUGUCGGACCGAGGAGAAGGUGUUCCCGCGGCUUCGGGAGGAUCGGCCACGAAAGCGGCCUCUUCCAGAAUCCACGGAGGAGGAAGCGUACUGUCGCGAUGAACCUUCACUGUGUGUGGUGUCCGAGGCCCAGGAGGCCUUGGGGCGCCGCUGUGUGUGUAUCUCGACACUGUUGCGCAACCUGUCAUUUGUGCCCGGGAACGAUGCCGAGAUGUCCAAGCAUGCGGGUCUUUUGGUGGUGCUAGGGCGCCUGCUGUUACUACGGCACUGGCAUGCCCCCCGGCGGGGUGCACCGCGCCAGUUCGACCAGGAGGAGAGCGCCCUAGACGACCACUGCAGUUCGCUGCUAGCAGAGCGUGAGUGGUGGUGGGACUGGCUGCAGGCUCUGCGCGAGAACACCCUCGUGUGCCUGGCCAACAUGGCGGGGCAGCUUGCCCUGGCACCAUUUCCCGAGGAGAUAUCCUUGCCCCUGCUCGACGGAUUGCUUCAUUGGGCGACGUGUGGAUCGGCAUGUGCGCGAGAUCCUUUGCCUCAUAGUACCCUCAGUCCCCAGCGGCUCGCCCUGGAAGCCCUGUGCAAGCUGUCUGUGCAAGAGUCCAACGUAGACCUGCUUCUGGCCACGCCUCCUUGGAGUCGGACCGAGGCCCUUCUUGGACAGCUGGCCCGAUGGCUGGGCCGCGGACAGGACCAGGUGCUUCGUGAGCUAGCUCUGGUGCUGCUUUCAAACGUGGCACCAGCAGGGAGUGGUGCAGCCCGCGCGGUGGCGCUACAGGGACCGUGCCUCGCCCAUCUGUUGGCAUUUGUUGAGCAGGCCGAGCAGAGUGCUCUGCAGGUGGCCAACGCCCAGGGAGUGGCGGCCCUACGUGAAAACCCCGAGCUGAUGGGCACCACUCUGGACAUGGUGCGGCGCGCAGCCGCAACUCUGCGCUGCCUAGCCAGGGUGCCCGACAAUCGGCCCCUGUUCUUGCAGCUGCAGCCCCGCCUUCUCACCCUGGUCAUGUCCCAGAUCCUAGACCAGGGCGUUGCGGCCAUCCUGGCUGACGUGCUCUUUGAGUGCUCGCAGCAGGCCUCCCCUUCCCCCUCGUCCCAGUCUGUCCCCUCCUAGGAUAUGACCUCCCCUAUACACCCAGCUAUUUAUUAUUGUUUCAAUGACUCCCCCCUCCCCCUCCUGCUGUAGAUAGGCCCCCAAUGGGUUAUGAUGACCCUCCCUCCCCUCGUGGACUGUUGUGGGCCAGAGGGGAGCAAACCCUUCUCCCAUCGUGGUGAUAAACUUGUACAGACACGCUGCUCCCUCUCUCGCCCAAACUCCUCACUGCUGCCGGCGUAGCACGCACACACCUCUCCCCAGGGAAAGGGUGGGGGGGCAGCCGCUCAUUUCAAGAAGAAACGAGGAGGGUGGCAGUGACUGGUGGACCCCCUCGCCCCGAACGGACAGACGUACAAACGGACUGGCUCGUGUCGAUCUGAAAAAUUAUGUGUGCAUGCGUGUGUGUUUAGGGUCUCUUUUUUUUGUUUUGCGAGUGCAGCAAGCAACAUCAUCCGUUCGUUUUUUUUUUUUUUUGUAAGUUUUCUCUCUCGUCAUUUGAUAUUGUAUGAAAUGCGUGCGUGUAAGUGUGUGUGCGUGUGCCGAGCUUUAUACCUUGUACAUGUCUGACAAAAUGAGUGAGCUGCAAAUAAUAUGUACAGGUAAGAAUUCUCUUUUCCCCCUUGAAGAAAACUGAUCCCUCGGGGUUCAUGGCACUUGUUCUGAAGAGGAAAAAAAAAAAAAGAAAGUGGCGGCUGUAAUAAAUUUUUUUAAAGCAAUUUUUUCUUGCGGUAUAGGUUGGUGCUUGGCAUUUGAACAGUCCUUUUUUUUAUCGUUUUUCAAUUUUUUAAAUAGUUAUGUCGCCCGGUAAAUCAAUUCCUACUGUUUACUUGCGAAGCGUUGUUUACUAGUCAAACAAAUCAUUGCCACAAAGCUAGAAAUAAUAAGUUUUUUUUUUCCUUCAGUUGACGUGGGGGAGGAAACUUCUUGACUUGUUUUAGGGCUCCUCCUGUGCUUAAAAAACUUUUUGCUCUCUAGGAGAGUCUGCCAUAGUUCUUGCAUUUGGAGGUUCCAGCAGGGGAAGUGUUGUUAUCAAAUAAACAUUCUUCAGUCUUGCUUGUUGUCUUUUUUUUAAAUUCAUUCUGCCAAUCCAACAUCUGUUGUUGUGCCCUCCUUUCAUACGUCUUUUUUUUUUUCUCUCUCUCUCUUAAUGUUCACUCGAUCUUGUCUCCAUUCAUUCCUAGAGUGCCGCACACGGUGGCAAGAACAAAAGCACAAUGGUACUUACGCCAAAAAUCCAAAGUGAGGAGAUGGCCACAGGACUUUUCACUUUUUUUUUUCUUAAAGUAAAAAAAAAAAAAACAUUCUUCUGCGAGAUGCGAGAAACUGGCAGGGGCUGAAAGGACAGCUUUGUCUGCAAUGCAGAGCUUUUGUACUUCUGUGUCCAGAGUAUUCCAGGGCUUGGUCAAGUUUUUCUUUUUGUGGGGAUGAAGUUGUACAAAAUGUAUGGAACACAUUGUAAAAUAAAAACGACUUCAAAAAUGUG